AUGGCUGAUAAAAAGAAUAAAAAACGUGCUCAACGUGCAACAAGCAAUGUAUUUUCAAUGUUUGAUCAAAAACAAGUACAAGAAUUCAAAGAAGCGUUCAAUUUAAUGGAUCAAGAUCGAGAUGGUACAGUUAGUAUGGAUGAUCUCAAAGAGGUUUAUGCAUCAUUAGGUAAAGCACCAAAAGAUGCUGAAUUAAAAAGUAUGCUAGAAGAAGCACAAGGCCCAGUUAACUUCACCAUGUUAUUAACAUUAUUUGGUGAUCGUCUUAACGGUACCGAUGAGGAGAAUGUAAUAUUGAAUGCAUUCAAAAAUUUUGAUCAGGAAGACACUGGAAAUAUAAAUCAAAAAGCGUUAAGAGAAAUUUUGACAGCAGAAGGUCGUCCUGAAGAUCGCUUAACCGAUAUGGAAGUAAGAAUAGAUGCAACAAUAUUUCUAUUUGCAAUAACAUUCAGUCAAAUGCUUGAUGGAGCACCAGUAGAUCCAAAAGGCAAUUUAGAUUAUGCAGUAUUUACACGACAAAUUAAACGUGGAAAAGAAGAUGAAUGA